AUGAUGGCAGAAACGGGGACGAUCUCCUGGCAUUUGUCCUCCAUGCAUCCAAAAGGCCAUCCCUAUCCCUAUUUGCCCAGUUCCUUAUUCAAAACACUCCCAUUUUCAACACAGGCAGAACGACGCAGACGCGCUAAUCUUUCUUGGGUACUAGGGUACACUCUCGAUCGGGUGAACGUUUUGGGUGAUGACCACGGCUACGGUCAUACAGGAUGUGUCAAUGCUCUAAGUUGGGCACGCAACGGCGACAUCCUCCUUAGUGGUGGGGAUGAUACCACAGUGAGACUCUGGAGGAUGGAAACCAGUGACACGAUACAGGAUUACCCGUUCAUGUCGCACUGUGUUAUCAAUACUGGACACCGAGCAAACAUCUUUAGCGCCCAAAUGCUACCGCAGUCUUCUCGAAUAGCUACUGCGGCUGGUGACACGCAAGUUCGUGUUUUCGAUGUGCAAAGCGCACUUGCCCCCACCAACGUAGCGCAAGACCUCACUGAAACGGUGCUGUCAACAAAUCAAUCAUGUAUUAGGGUAAUACGGUGUCACAGUGACCGGGUCAAGAGGGUGGUGGUGGAAGAAAGUUCGGAUUUGUUCCUGUCUCUGUCAGAGGACGGCACAGUGAGGCAACAUGACCUACGAACAUCGCAUUCAUGUCGUGGAGAGUCCUGUCCUACCCCUCUCGUUGAGAUCGGACAUGAGUUAUCAACCAUUUCCUUAUCUCCAUUGACACCGUACCAAUUGGUGGUCGCUGGACGAAGUCCCUAUGGUUAUCUGUAUGAUCGCAGGCAUCUACCCCGUACUUUGAAACAAGAAUGGGGGCUGGCACCCAGGUCGGGUAAAGAAUUAACUACUUGUGUCCGCAAAUUCGGUCGCAAGCGCCUUAAAGAGAGACAGAUGAGACCAGAUCAUAUUACAGGGUGUCGGAUGUCGUCGUCCAAUGGCCAUGAGGUUGUUCUAUCUUACAGCGACGAUGGAGUAUACUUGUUUUCCACCAAAGACGAAGAAAAUCACGCGAAUGAUAUGUCUAAGUCACCGGUCACAAAAUCCGCUAAUCUGAUGCAUGUAUUGGACAUCGACGCUCCAGAACACGAACGCACUUCCUGGUCUGCAGAACCGUCCGAGCCUUUCUCGGCAUUGGACGUCGAGGAUGGAGAACCAGGUAUGCCCAUAGUGAUGCCUCGACGCCGCUACACUGGUUCCCGGAAUAUUGCUACUGUUAAAGACGUGAAUUUCCUCGGACCAGAGGAUGAGUGGGUUACAUCAGGCUCUGAUGAUGGCAAUUUUUUCGUUUGGGAGAAAAGUUCUGGACGUUUGCAUGGAAUUUAUGAAGGUGACAGCAGUGUGGUCAACAUGGUUGAAGGGCACCCCCAUCUUCCAUUAGUUGCAGUCAGCGGGAUAGAUACAACUAUUAAGCUAUUCUCGCCAACUUCGUCCUCGAGUGCUUUCUCAAAGAUGGCCCAAGCUCAAGAAAUCAUGGAAAAUAAUCAGCGCACAACCACGACUCGUUUUACAAGGUACAACAUCGGUGCACUUCUUGCAGAAGCACGAAUUGCUUCAGGUGGUGAACCAAUUACCGUUCAAAUCCCAGAAUGUGUAGGGCAGUAA